AUGAUACUUACAAGACGUUCAUUAAUAUCCCUUCGUUCAAUUAAAAGAAUCCCAUAUCAUAAUUUUCAUACCACAAUCCCUAGAUUCAACAAAGAUUUUGCCUUUGUAUUUGAUAUUGAUGGUGUAUUAAUCCGAGGUAAAAAACCUAUACUUCAAGCUAAACCAGCAUUAGAUAUAUUAAAUCAACAUAAAAUUCCAUAUAUAUUAAUGACUAAUGGAGGUGGUGUAUUGGAAAAAGUUAAAGCUGAUGAAGUUACUGAAAUAACAGGAAUCACCCCACCUAUUUCCCCACUUCAAGUAGUUCAAAGUCAUACUCCUAUUAAAGCACUUGCAUUAAAUCAUGGAUUUAAUAGAGUAUUGGUGAUUGGAGGAGAUGGUGAUAAUGCACGUGUAGUUGCUAAAGAUUAUGGAUUUAAAGAUAUAAUCUUACCAAUUGAUAUAGUUAAUGAUAAUCCUUCAGUUUCACCACAUCAUAGAUUUACUAAAGAAGAUUUUGCAAGAUAUGCCCAACCUGUUGAUAUUUCUAAACCAAUUGACGCCAUUUUGGUUUUAAAUGAUCCAAGAGAUAUGAAUACUGAUAUUCAAAUAGUUCAAGAUUUAUUAAAUUCAGAUAAUGGAUUGAUUGGAACCAAAAGAAAUAUUCAUCAUAUUAGAAAUUUGGAAGAACCGGCAAUACCUAUAAUUUUCAGUAAUAAUGAUUAUAUAUAUGCAAAUGAUUAUAAUUUACCUAGAUUUGGACAAGGAGAAUUUAGAAUAAUCACUGAAAAAUUAUACAAAGUUACUAAUAAUUUGAAAAAACAUCAAAAAUUGGAAUCAUUCAUCUUGGGUAAACCAUUCAAGAUUCAAUAUGAUUUUGCUCAUCAUGUAUUGAUUGAUUGGAAUAAUAAAUUAAUUAAAGAUGAACAUUUACUAGGAAAUGUUGAACAAGUUUUACCACAAUUAGGAACUGAACCAAAUGAAACUCCAUUUAGAAAGAUUUAUAUGGUUGGUGAUAAUCCAGAAUCAGAUAUUAAAGGUGCCAAUGAUAAUGGAUGGGAAAGUGUAUUGUUAAGAACAGGAGUUUACAAAGAUGAUGAUUAUAAUACCAUGGUUGCUAAACCAACUGUAGGUGUUUUUAAUAAUGUUGAAGAUGCAGUCAUUGAAAUCUUGGAAUCACAUGGUAUUAAAGUAUGA